AUGACGGAGAUCCUAGCUUCCUCCGAUAUUUUGGACAAUGUCAAAGGAAGAGUAGUCGUUAUGACAGGUGGUGCCCAAGGCAUCGGCGCAACAACCGUAUCCAUCCUAUACGAGAGAGGAGCCCACGUUUACUUCGGCGACUGGGACGAUAUCAAAGGAAACCAAGUCGUCCAAAAUCUCCAGUCAAGCCCAUCAUGUAAAAAUGGCGGAUCCGUUCAUUUCCAGAAACUCGACGUUUGCGACUACAACGCACAGCUACAACUCUUCAAAACUCCUUACGAAGAAAAAGGCCAUGUCGAUAUUGCCAUCUCUUGCGCCGGUGUGACGGAGCCUGCUGGAGAUUGGUUUGCACCAGAUAAUCUGAACAUGGAGACUGUCAUGACGGAGCCGAAAGUACUUAGCAAGAGUGUCGAAAUUAACUUGACGAGUGUGAUAUUCUUUUGCAGAAUCGCUCUCACUUUCAUGAGCGCUGAUAGAAAUCGUUCUGCACCAAGCGGUUUCUCCAAAUCUAUCAUCCUUGUAUCGUCGAUCGCUGGGAUCACAGAGGCCCCUGGCCUUUACGCUUACAGCUCCGCCAAGCACGGUAUUAUAGGACUCAUGAGGUCUCUCCGAGGGCCUGGUGUAACCAAUUUCGACGUUCGUGUUAACGCGCUGUGUCCUUGGGCGACGGAUACACAAAUGAUUGACAAAGUGCGUCCUUUUUGGGAAAGGAACCGUCUACCUAUCAACAAGCCAACCGAGGUAGGAGGCUUCAUUGUUCAGCUGGCGGCUGACAAGAAUUUGAAUGGUAAAUCGGUUUUGGUUGCUGGUGGUAGAGGGUUUGAUACCGAGGAGGGAAUUGAUAGGACAAUGCCAGAGUGGUUUGGGGAAUUGACGGAAGAGUUUCUGCGUGGGCAAGCGGUUCUCGGCAUGGGCGGUCAAUGGUCUGGAAGAUAA